AUGUCGGAAGCGGGCGCGGGAGCGCGGCCGGUUGGUCCAAUUGCUGGGCGCGAAGCAGUUGUGCACCAGUGUGCACAUUGUGGUACGGAGUUCACAGUAAGGCGAAAGCGGGACCGGUGUCGAUGCUGCUGGAACCCCUUCGGGAAUCUCUCCGCAGUUGCCACACCGCCACAUGCUGCAGCAACCACCACCCCCGCUGCCAUCAGCGGACAAUCUGCUGCGGGCUGUUCUCUCCACGCCAUGAGGGGACCAGGGAGAGAUCCGACCUUAGAGGCCCAAGAAUCGGAAGGAGAUGAUAUGCCGGACAGCGCACAAGAGGUGGGCGCGGGAGGAUUAGAAAGUGCCGACAAUGGCUCAGGGGAGGGGGACGAUUUUGGUGGAGGGGACGAAUUUGGUGGAGCUGAGGAUGGAUCAGCUAGCGGUGGAGCACACGAGGAAACCGGCGGCGCCAGGGGUCUCGGCAAUCUCAUGGGGCGUGUAGAGGAAGUAGAGAGAACGGUCGAGUCGAGCGGGAGAGACACGGACGCCGGCGACGAGUACAGCAUGGAGGACGGGGGGGGCGUGGAAGGGGACGACGGGUUGAACGACGAGGGAUACGAUGAUUUUCAGGGUGACAUCGACUACGAAGGGGGCCCUGUGGAACCUGAGGUAUUCCUGCUUCCAGAAGAUGGUGGCGGCACAUCGUCUGCUAUUCCCAGAUUAGAAGUGCUUCACACGAUGGCGCCGUCUUUUGCUUCAAGCACUACCGUGGAGGGUGGCCCCGAAAAGUUGAGAUACAACACGAAGGCGGCCGGUUCUCCUUUCUACCCUUUUGCGACGAAGGAGCAACAACUCAUGUUCAUCUGGAUACAUGUGCACCGGAUUCCGCAGAGGGCGUUUGGAGGGCUACUCGAAAUUUUGGAUGGUGCAUGAGGGUGAGCCGUUCGACGUGAAAGGGCUCGC